AUGCCUUUGCUUGCUUCUACAUUUGUCCCCCGGAUAAAGGGAUUGAUCAGUUCUGAUUCAACUCUCUGCGAAGGAUAGUGUGAGCGAUGGAUUUCACCCGUAGCAAGACACACACAGUUCAUCCCAAAAAAGGAAACACAAAACAGUCCAAGGAUGAUACCGAUUGGCAGUAUUUACUACUAGUGGAUGGCAGAAAUGCUGCGUGCCAUCUGGGGAGUACCAAACUAUCGAUAGCAAUCAAAGACCGGUAUCCGAAGGCACGGUUCCACUGUUUGGUUCUUCCCAGAAAGGAUGUAACUGCUCCUAAAAUUUUAUCGGUCCAUCAUCUUACGGUCGCGCAUAUCCUGCUAUUGGAGGACAUGUUUCUGCUCGGUCAAAAGUUGGCCCUCGCUACUGGCAUGGGAUUAGAACAGUUCCAGUUCGGUUACCACAUGGGUGCGCAUAUGAAACCAUUGCACAUGCACGUUAUUUCGCGGGAUUUCGAUUCGCCGACGCUUAAACGUACCAGACAUUGGAAUAUAUUUAACGAGAAAAUCUUCCUCACUCAUGAAGGUAAAGGCUGUACACGAGUUUCUUUCCGUGAGCUGUUCCCUUGACUCUUUUCGUUUUGUUUUCCACUCUUGUACCUUUUUAGAUGUAGUACGUGAUUUGAUAACGAAUGGAAAAGUGCAAAAGUUGUCAAAGGAUGAAUUUAAAGCCAUUAGAGACGGCCCAAUGUCUUGUAAGGUGUGUGGCUUUGUAACGACCAACCUUUGGGCCAUCAAAGCUCAUGUGUUGAUUCAUUUUCCUCGGCCAACUGCGGUUUACCAUGGCAGUAUUAUGAAUUUCUUUAGAUAGUAGUAGCCU